GGGGGGAAAGAUCCGCGGACCCUGCCUACCCCCCUCUCCGGGGAGAGAGGCCCGACCCCCAGAACGAGGGAUCAGGAAGAAGAGGGGAAGGUGGCAUGAACCGGUGCCCUCUGGGGUGGGCAGAGGAGGGCCUGGAGCUUUAAAGGGGGCAGGCGGCACUGGGGCUGGCAUCAGCCGAAAUGCGGGGGGCUCCAACCCCGCCGCCGGGGGACCCGGAAAGGGAGCAACGCUGGGGUCGACUGUUCGAAGAGCUGGACAGCAACAAGGACGGCCGGGUGGACAUCCAUGAGCUGCGGGAGGGGCUGGCACGGCUGGGCACCGGUGCCCGCUCCAACGCAGAGCAGGAGAUCCUGCAGGAGGGGGACACGGACCGUGAUGGAGAGUUGGACCUGGAGGAGUUCACACGCUAUCUGCAGGAAAGGGAGCGGCGGCUACUGCUGAUGUUUCACAGCCUGGACCGCAACAACGAUGGCCACAUCGAUGUCUCAGAGAUCCAGCAGAGUUUCCAGGCCCUGGGCAUCUCCAUCUCCCUGCAGCAGGCCGAGAAAAUCCUGCACAGUAUGGAUCGUGACGGCACCAUGACCAUCGACUGGCAGGAGUGGCGGGAUCACUUCCUCCUAAACCCGCUGGAGAACAUGGAGGAGGUCAUGCACUUCUGGAAGCACUCAACCGUCCUGGACAUUGGGGAAUGUCUGACCGUGCCAGAUGAGUUCUCUGAGCAGGAGAAACGGUCGGGCAUGUGGUGGAAGCAGCUGGUGGCCGGGGCCGUAGCGGGCGCCGUGUCGCGCACGGGCACAGCCCCGCUUGACCGCCUCAAGGUCUUCAUGCAGGUCCAUGCCUCCAAGACGAACCAGCUGAAUGUGCUCGGGGGGCUGCGGAACAUGAUUCGAGAAGGAGGCAUCUGCUCCCUGUGGCGAGGCAAUGGCAUCAAUGUGCUCAAAAUCGCCCCUGAGUCAGCCAUCAAGUUCAUGGCCUAUGAGCAGAUCAAGCGGGCGAUCCGGGGGCAGCAGGAGACCCUGCGGGUGCAAGAGAGGUUUGUGGCUGGUUCCCUGGCAGGGGCCACAGCCCAAACCAUCAUCUAUCCCAUGGAGGUGCUGAAGACGCGCCUGACCCUGCGACGGACAGGCCAGUACUCAGGGCUCCGCGACUGCGCCCGGCAGAUCCUCCAGAGGGAGGGACCCCAGGCCUUCUACAAGGGCUACCUGCCCAACGUGCUGGGCAUCAUCCCCUACGCGGGCAUCGACCUGGCCGUCUACGAGACCCUGAAAAACAGGUGGCUCCAGCAGUACAGCCAGAAUUCUGCAGACCCAGGCAUCCUGGUCCUCCUGGCCUGUGGCACCAUCUCCAGCACUUGUGGUCAGAUAGCCAGUUACCCCUUGGCGCUGGUUCGAACCCGGAUGCAGGCCCAAGCCUCCAUCGAGGGUGCCCCACAGCUGACCAUGCUGGGCCUGUUUCGCCACAUCCUGUCCCGGGAGGGAAUAUGGGGACUGUACCGGGGCAUCGCCCCCAACUUCAUGAAGGUGAUCCCAGCCGUGAGCAUCAGCUACGUUGUCUAUGAGAACAUGAAAAUGGCCCUGGGGGUCACCUCCAGGUGAGCGACACCUUCCUUCCAGGGGUCAAGGGGGCAGGGAAAGGGGGCGUCUGAGAUCCACUACCACCUGCUGCUGAAAACCUGCUGACUCCAUCCCUCGUCCCCUGGAUCCCCUGGUCACAAGACAAAACCCUGAUUGGAAAAUGGGAAAGCCUCCCAGGAAUGGUCUCCGCUUUCCCCGGAGAGCCAACACUGGAUCCUGAGUGGAAUCCAGCUCAAGGAUCUCUGUCCACACCUCACGCUAUUGACACUGGAUCCUCCGGGAUCCUCCCCCCACAACCCAUCCAUUCCUGGUGGAAACCACCUGGCCCACGGAUGUACACUGAAUCCAAGAUCUCUCUAGAAUUGACACUGGCUGCUGGAGGGGCCCUCCAAGAGACCCCCACCCCCCACUCCCGGCACUGCCACUCCUUCACUGCCGACUCACACUGGAUCCCAGAUCCCAACCACAUUCAGUCCAGGAGACCCACUGCCAGCCAAACAGAUCCCCUGGAUUCCCAGAGCCAGCUGUUCACUGGGCACCCCGCUCCUCCUAGAGCCUUUCAUGGGGCUGG